CGAAUGCCGUUGCGUGCGCAUGUGUCGAUUAAACCGGUAACUGUGUAGUGUAUGUGUUGUGUAAUUGGAUUCCGAAACUUGUCGUCAGUUUGAGAAUUUUUUAUGUGUUACACGAACAACUUUAGUGUAGAUUUUGUGACAAACAAAUACAGAAUUUACAAAUACAAGUGUGAUCAAACUAUGCAACCAUGAAGCACACGUUCCUUCUCACACUACUCAUAAUUUCCGCGAGCUGUCAAGACAGCGACACAGACUACAAAGACAUAGAACCAGAGAGAACUCUACGAGAGACAACCGAAGCCAUCACAGAUACACCCAGCGAUGAAACUGACAAUGAUAAUGAGGAAAGAAUAGAAAUAAAAGAUUUCGGUGAUAAUGAGACGACCGUACAAGAUGUUGUAACAGAAGCAUUCACAAUGUCAUUAGACAAUAAUGUUUACGAAAUAAGAGAGGAUAUUUAUUCUAAUACACACAAUGUGCAGUUGGAUGCUCCAGAAAUAACGACGCGAGCCCCUGACACAAUAGACGGCGUCGUUCCAAAUCUUUCUGAACUAGACGAUGAAGUGGUGUCUGGACAGCGAAGCCCAAAGACGGAAAACUCCGACUCCAACACCCCGGAUCUCCGAACAUUCGAGAAACCCAAACCUGCCCAAGCCUUAAGCAAAGCUGCGACCCUGCGGUCGUGGCUCGAAGACACUUGGCUCCGACCACCCGCUGGUGUCCUGGUACCUUUACGACCAGCUGCGCUGUCACGUGCCCUGGCUGUAUGGAACGAUCUGACAGCUGACGGGCUCAAUCUGACAGACAUUGUCAUAGUCGGAUAUGACGAAAACGGUGUCAACUGGCGCUCCAGACAUAAUCUUCAGCCAUCAGUCACCACUUCAGGGGUCAAAGCCGUCGGUAAUGCGUUAUCUAAACUCCUGCGCAAGUAUCAAGGUGUAUACACUGACUCAACCAUUGAUGGCACGAUGAGAGCAUUGGCCUCAGCUACCAAACUGGUGCCCUAUGAUAGCGCAUUAUUCCUGGUCACUGACAAGGCACCAGGGGACCCACAACGUCUGCCCUUAGCUCUGAGGGCUUUAGUUGAAAAAAGGCUAAAGGUGUACACUAUAUGGACAGAUCCAAACUAUCCAACACCAGAGUCAGAAGCCGCCCUGCAAGACCUGAAGAACAUAUCUUCACAUACCGAGGGAGAAUUUCUGCCAUAUUCGUUGCCUAUUACCGACAUAGAUACAUCGCUGCUGGCAGAACUCCAACAGUGGAAUCCACUAGAAGAACAGCCUAGAAGGGGAAGAGUCAAGAAAUACCCAAGCUUUGACGAUUUCGAUACUCUUGUGAUGAGAAAAAGAGGGGGCGAAUCUAUAUCUUUAGGCAUACCAGUGGAAAAUGGAGUCACAUCACUGAAGAUAUACUUAGAAGGUGCCAUCGAGCACGCAGUACUCUAUCCACCUAAUGACGGUCCACAGAUCGACCUGUACAACGCAUCAUCUAUCCGUGCCUUCUCAGCUGCCUCCAGAUCAGAAGGAUUAUCACCAAGAGAGGUUUUCUUGGUCUUUCCGAGGCUGGCGCCAGACGAGAGCAUGCUAUCAGUCCUACCAGUGUACCCAUCAGAGGACCAAUCAAUGGUCGGCCUCUGGCACCUAAGUGUCAAAUGUGACCUCUGCGAUUACAGAUUGCGGGUAGCUGCAAAAUCUCAAUUGCACUUUAACGUCGACGUUGUUGAGGACAUGCUAAAACUCAAAAUAACUGGACCAGUAGCAAGCAUCCGCGACACGUUAGUAAUAGACGAAUACGGAACUGAACUCGCAAAACUGCCGUUUAGCUAUCAACCAAUAGCGGAGACGGACAAACAAACAGAUAUAUAUGGUGAAUUAGGUAUACCUAGCGUAUCCAGCUCUAAUAUCUACGUCAGAAUCUUUGGAAGGGACAUAAAAGGAGAACCGUUCACAAGACUAUCGGGGCCCAUCCACAAGCAGACAGAGGUUCGACUGGGAAGAUCAGCGUCCAUCGUCUUUCCGGAGACGCCAAACGAUUUAGAACUAGCCGAGGAACUUGAUUCUGUCAUCUAUCAGAACAGACCGAUUGCCAGAUCUAUGUCACAGUUAUUAAAUCAAAGUGGCGUGGUCUUAACAACGGUACAAGUUGGACUAAGUUCAAAACUCUACGGAUCACCUGGAGAUAGACUGCAGCUUUACUUCGAAGUUACAAAUUACAGAGAGCAAAGGAUCCGAUUUAAUUUCGAAGCUAAAGGAGAACUUUUCCUGCUUAAUGGGAUUGAGCCGACAUCACGUGAUAUAAAUGCGGGCGAAACAUUCACGGUGAUAGUCAACUUGCUAAUAUCAGCCAAUACACAACCAGGUCGGGAUCUUAUUACCUUCACGGCGUAUGCGGGCACUGAGCAACUUUCUUCAUCAGUGUAUGUAUACAUACUGGCUUCGGGUCAAACUAUCAAUGAUAUAAAUGCUCCAGAAGUUAGUCACAAUUUCCAAGGCUCCUGCAUACUCCGGCAAGGGAGUGACUGUGCUGAUUAUACCUGGACUACAAAUGUACUUGCCAGAGACCCUGCUGCUGGCCUGCUUCGUGUUACAUCAUCCCCAGUGGGUGUGUUUUAUGACAGCAACUUCAUAGCUGGCUCUAGGGAGCAAUUGCAAGCAACAUACAGAGCAACUUGUUGUUCACCACGUGUGAUUAUAAAUGCGGUUGAUGCAUUGGGCAACACUAGCAGCUAUACCAUAGAUAUUUCUUAUUACCUUCCACCUGCUGCCAUAGCAGCCAUUGUACUAGGUGUAUUUCUAUUGAUUGCAAUUAUAGCUCUCACAAUAUUCCUUAUUUACUGGUGUGUAAGACGGAGAAAGGAUAUCAGGGAUCUGCCUACUUACACAUCAAGAAAUGUUAGUUAAGAUGUAUAAAAGAUUUCAGAUAUAUGCAUAUUGAUUAUAUGAAUAAAAUACAUUAUUUUAAAUAUAUAUGCAAGAUAUUCCUAAAAACUGAUUUUGUGGAGUUGGAGCCAGUGUAAGCCAUUGUUACAAGGGUGGUACAACUUUUCUGUCAAAUCCAUCAUAUUUAUCAAUAAACUGAAAAAUUAUAUUAGUAGCGUAAAUUAAAUUAUGUCAGCUUCUAACAAGAAGUAGAAGUUGUUAACUGCUUCUGUAUAAAACAUAGUAUUAGUAUUAAAAAUUUAUGUAAACAGAUUAAGUACGUUAGACACUUUAGGCUCAAUUAUAAACAUACUAUAAGCCCUGAUGAAGUGAGGAUGUCAGCAUAGUUGAGACUCUUAUAUCACAACUUACUGUAUAUUUUAUAUCGAGUGUGCAAAUUCAUUGUACAAAAUUUAAUAUGUCUAAGUUACCUGUAACUGUAAGUUAUUUUAUCAUUUAUAAUUUUAACUUUAUAUACUAAACAUGAAUUAAGCUAUCUCAAUUAUAUAGCAAGACAAGCAUAACAGAUGGCUAAAAAUUAUAAUAUCUGAUCAUCAUUAUUGUUAAACAGUAACAUCAAAAUUAAUUAUUUAACUAAACACAUUUAUAUUUGUAAACAUUAUAAUUGUUCUGGGUUUCUAUUAAUACGGGUAAAAUUUUAUAUUGCUAGUGUAAAUGCAGCCAUAUUUAGCUUUUAAGUUUUAAAU